CGGAAAUGCACUGGAGCGGAAACCCCAGAUUUUCCAGGUUGCUAACUUCCGGUUUAAAGCCUUAACGUAGCGCACGAAAAAUCGUACUUGAGGUUGGUGAUCCAUUUCUCCCUGUUUUUAUUUGCUAUUAUUGGGACAGUGGGAUGUGACUUGGUUUGACAGCUUGAUUUAACUGUAUUCACAUCACCGAGGCCUUAGCUAAUCACACCUGUUAAUCAAAGGGUUAUCACACAGGUCUGAUUAUUCAGGUUUUCUUUCCCUUUUUGUUAAAAAAAAAGUGCAAAUGUUGAUAGUUAUAAUCUGGAAUAUUCUGGAAAAUUAUGAAAUUUCUCAACAGAGCAAAUUAUGUUUAAAGGCAUCCCUGUUAAAAUAUGAUUCUUUGGGGAAAAAAAUGUUUUAAGUUCACACAACAGAGCUAGGGAAAACAUUGACAGGGUUAUUCACUAAACAAAAUCCAGUUAAAAUCACUGAUUUCUGACUGCAAUGACAAUUCUUAGAUUUUCUAAAGUGAAAUACAGUUGGAAUCUGCAGCAAUCGCCGAAUGCAUUCUGGGUUUGGAUUAAAAUCAGUUCUUUUAUAUCCGAACACUAUACCAAAUAUAGAAUUCAGAAUAUCUACAAAGCACCGAUUUUUAAUCAAAUACAUAAUCUCAACUACUUGCUUAUUUCAAGUACUAUUUGCCCACUUUCAGUUCGUACCCAGCAGGCAAUUAUUUUAAAAACCUGCGGUAAUAAGAGGGUUGACUAUGUGACAGCAGGCUUUACUUUAAAGAGACUCAUAGUUGCCAGAACUACUGCUUAAUGCAGUUCUGGUAUCUACAGCCUGUCUCUGCAGGCUUUUUAAUGUAAACAUAAUUUUCAGAGAAAAGGCAGUGUUUACAUUACCAGCUAGGAACAGGUCUAGUGCCAGCCACUCAGAUGUCCACUAGAGGUGCUUCCUGGGUCAGUGAAGCACUGAAGUUCACUGUCUUCAUGUUCUGCAUGUAGAUGCCGAACGCUCCGCAAUGCAUCUCUGAGGUUUUGUCACACAUGUGCAAUAACCUUCCAGUUGGAUUGGCUGAGAUUGUCAAAUUGGAUGCUGAUAUCAGCUAAGGAAGCAGGUUGGGACCAGCUGCAAAGAGACCCCCACAACGCAAAAAAAAAAAAAGAGUAAAAUUACCUUUUUGACAUAAAGGGGGCUGGCCACCUAAAGAGCACAUUUAGAACUAUAGUGUCAGGGAUACAGGUUUAUAUAACAAUGUUUAAAAUAAAAACCCAAAACUAGGUCAAUAUUAUAAGGAAGACUUUUAAAUCUCCCUAUGCCCCCAGCUAACGUGGGCCUGUUUUGGUAAUUGUAUACAAACUGGGCAGCCAAACUGGUGCCAGUAAAAUAACGGGAGGGUGAGGCGUAGACCCCCCUACCUGUGCCCACACCCAUGUGCGUGAACUGGACAGAAGCAGCUGGAACCAUAAAAAAAAAAAACAGGUAUGGCAUCCUAGUGUCAUGCGCCCCCCCAUUUUAUUCCAGGGGACCUAAUGUGCCCAGAUGGCCGCUGUAAUAAUAGUAUACUGGGGGAGGGGGGAGUUUACCACCCCUUAAAAUAAGUGAACCCUACCUACCCUCCUUAGCCUAAUAAUAGUGAGGUGGCAGAGGGCCAUUAAAACUAAAACCUGUAAGAUAAAAAAAAAAAUGCUUACUGUCUUCUUUGUUGUAAUUUUUCUUCAGGCCCAAAAUAGGCACACAAAAAAGCCUAAUAGCACAAAGCAAUUCUUGGAAAAAAAAAAUUUUUUUUUUUUUUUUUUUUUAUUUGCGGAAACCAGACUGAAAGGCUUGAAAGCGGGGAAAGCCUUCAUCAAGACUUUCCCAUACUUUUAAUUUUCACAGGAAAUUUUCACUUUUCUCGAUAUUUGCCAUGGUUGGGGACUGGGGUGGUAUAUUAUUGGAGCCCUAUGCCUAUCCCACCACCUAUGGGUAGGGGGUAGAAAUAUUAGGGUUGUCCCCUGAAAGGCUUAAAAUGUUAUCCUACACAAGGCUAGUGGUACCUUGGCUAACUAACCGCCCCAGUGAUCGGUCCAUACACCAGUACCUUGUGUUUUAUUUUUUAUUUUUUUAUUUUGCUAUUAGGCAGUAAUAGCAGGUGGGGGCAUAAGAAGGGUAAAAACACUAUAGUCACCUAAAUUAUUUUAGCUAAAUAAAGCAGGUUUAGUGUAUAGAUCAUUCCCCUGCAAUUUCACUGCUCAAUUCACUGUCAUUUAGGAGUUAAAUCACUUUGGUUCUGUUUAUGCAGCCCUAGCCACACCUCCCCUAGCUAUGAUUGACAGAGCCUGCAUGAAAAAAAAACUGGUUUCUCUUUCAAACAGAUGUAAUUUACCUUAAAUAAUUGUAUCUCAAUCUCUAAAUUGAACUUUAAUCACAUACAGGAGUCUCUUGCAGGGUCUAGCAAGCUAUUAACAUAGCAGGGGAUAAGAAAAUCUUAAUUAAACAGAACUUGCAAUAAAGAAAGCCUAAAUAGGGCUCUCUUUACAGGAAGUUUUUAUGGAAGGCUGUGCAAGUCACAUGCAGGGAGGUGUGACUAGGGUUUAUAAACAAAGGUAUUUAACUCCUAAAUGACAGAGGAUUGAGCAGUGAGGCUGCAGGGGCAUGUUCUAUACACCGAAACUGCUUCAUUAAGCUAAAGUUGUUCAGGUGACUGUAGUGUCCCUUUAAACAAGUUACUAGAAAUUCACAAUAUAUGGGAGGUACUUGAGCUAGUGUUGCUCAAUUAUAACAAUGCUACUUGUCAAUACUGUUUCAUAUAACAACACAUCUCGGCCUAAAAAGAAACUAAGUAUAUACUUUAUCACCGUUUUGUUGAUUACACAAGUGUCUCUGAACAUAGUAGAAAUAAUCACAUUCUGCAGCUAUAUAUUGUACCUUAAGAACACUCCCUUUCUCAGGCUAUUGUGCCCUGCCUCUGUAGGAAAAUUAAUUGGUAUGUUAGCUACAUACGUAGUACUUCUCAGUGACUCAGCCAGAACAUGUACUAUCUUCCUGAAAUAUAUAUGGUUAUAAUGCUUGUACCAAUUCUGAAAUAAGGUUUCCAACAAAGACCCCAAAUAUCUAUUUAUCACUAUAAAAUCAGCAUUCUCAAAAUAAAACACAGUGAUGAAAAAUGAGUGGAGAUAGUUAUCCAGUUAUAAGAGAGGCGAGGUCAGCUAAACUGUUACCACUGGCAUGGAAAAUUACUCUCCAUGCUUAUGGGAUAUCCCCAUGUCAUGUGCAAACUAAUUAUCACAAUCCCCCUCCUCUAACUAAAGCUGUAAAGCACUAAUUAAGAAAGGUUCAAAGCAGAUCUGUAAAUCAGAAUUGUUGGCAGCAGAGACACACUAAACAGCAGUAUCAAACGUGUAGCAUAAUGUUAGUGAGAAUUAAAUGCACAGAAGAUAAACCUGUCCUAUACUAAUUUCAUGGUUUUUAAUUUCAAAGAUAGGCACACCUCUUUACUCCUCUGCAACAAUCACCUAACAGUGCCUCCUCCAGUGGGCAAUUCUCUGCCAAGCUGUAACAUCCCAUCAUUGAAUAGCUUCCCAUUGCAGUUGUCACUCACAGACAUCACACAUCUCCACCUAAUUAAGGGGUGAGACUUCAAUAAUGAUCUGUACAUUACUAAAUCUGUUUCCAUACAAUACAUUUAUAUACCAUUCCUUUCUUUCUUCAGAUCUAUCUAUCUAUCUGUAUACACCACCCAUGGGGUUUGGCACUCUUUUUUUUUUUUUUUAAAUGUCCUAAGGAAAGUUUGUGAAAUGAACUAAAACAUUGACUUAUUUGUAUUUUAUUUUUUUUGGAUUAAUUUCUGGAUUAAAUUACUCAUUUUAAGAAAAAAAGUGCAUUCGUUCCUUACUUCCGCCUUCCCUCAUUGCCAUAAUUGCUGCUUUGCAUUAGAUUGUCCUUCAAUUUCAUGGUGGUUUAUUAGCUAAGUGGUGAAAUGUUCCUACAUGAACAUGUUACUUAACUAUCAUUACAACUAUUUCUUACUUUAUAUAAAAAUAUUAUCCUAACAGGAUAUCUCUGAUACAGUGAGGGGGGAAAAAAGUAUUUGAUCCCUUGCUGAUUUAGAACGUUUGUCUACUGACAGAAAUAAUCAGUCUAUAAUUUUAAUGGUAGGUUUAAUUUAACAGUGAGAGACAGAAUAACAAAAAAAAUUAAUCCAGAAAAACGCAUGUCAAAAAAGUUAUAAAUUGAUUGAUUUGCAUGACAAUGAGUGAAAUAAGUAUUUGAUCCUCUAUCAAUCAGAAAGAUUUCUGGCUCCCAGGUGUUUUUUAUACAGGUAACAAACUAAGAUUAGGAGUAGGGCUGAAACCUAAAAUUCAAGAUGCCUCUGGCCGAAAACCGAAACGAAAAUGACUUUUUUUUUUUUUCCAACAAAUGAUUUAAAAAAAAAUAAAAAAAUUCUAUAAUUUUAUUAAUAUUAAACAUUUAAAGGAAUUUAUUGAAUCUAAUAGGAAAAACUACAAGCAAAUAAAAUAACCACACGUUUAUUGAAAGUUACACACCAAAAUUGGACAGAAAAUAACUUAAAAAAUAUAUAAAUGGGGGCAGAGCUAGGUCCCGACAUGAGCAGUCGCAGGUCCGCGGACCUCUGUGCUGGCGAGCUACAAUUGCCCAAAUAACGGCAGAUCAGGGGACACCCCAACCCACUGCAAAGCCCACAGGUGCUUACUACAAGAUGGGGAAGAGAAUUAAAAAGCCGAUAUUAGAGAUUUGCUGCGGAGACCGCAUGUUGAGAGUAGGCCCAAUAUGCCGGCGGUCCUAGAUGGCUUUUCAGACUCAGGAGACUCACUUCUCCACAGCAUGGAAGAUCUGGGCUAUAAGGGCCCAUCCAAGCCUUCUCCAAUGAAAGAAGCCACCUCUCCUCCUGUCACAACUGCAAUUCUCACCAGUCUGCUGGCAGAUCUCAAGGAAUCACUCUGCUGAAAUCUCACAGGUGAGGGAAGAUGUCCAGGGAUUCACUGCAUGCAUAGCAGCAGUGGAACAGACCACAGACACACACAGAUCACAGAUAUCAGAGCUGCAAAAACAGGUUCAGGACCUUACUUCAGCCCAAGCUCUCCUAAACCACCAACUGGAAGCACAGGAAGAUAGAAGGUGAAAACACCUCAAGGUCAGGGGCAUAUCGGAAAGCAUCACCAUGGCAGAAAUGCCUCAUUUCAACCCACCUAAACAAGCAAAGGGCAUAACACUCAAAGGUAUGUUCCGUCUGCCUAAACCUCAGCCAAACUCGGCAACUGCUUCCAGCGAUUUUUACUGGUACAAUUUCAGAAGGGGCGAGAUUAAGCUACUUUCCUGAACGCAACUAGAAAGAAGAUACCGUACAGAUUCGAAGAGAUGAAUCUUACUUUCUUCCCUGAUCUCUCCCGUACCACCCUGUAGUGGAGAAAAACUCUCUGACCUCACACAUCUUUCUUAACCACCAACGGUCUAAAGUACAGAUGGGGAUCUCCUCGCUUCCUUACUAAACCGCACCAGAACACGGAGUACAAGGUGUCAGAUGCCUGCGAAAUGGACGCUAUUCUGUCUAAACUGGAUCUCUGCAUCAGCCCCCAGGCCACCACCAUUACUAUCUAGGAUUCUGCUAAAAUCGUUCCUUUUGUUCCUGUGACCCAUGGUGCAGCGAAUACAUGACUUUUUUUUUUUUUUUUUUUAAGGGCAUGCCCUAUGUUUUUAUGUAAAUUUUUAUGUUGGCUUUUUCACAGAUGUUCUAACUUCACUACACCUGGUAAAGGUCACAUGUUUUGGGACGACCUAAGCCAAGACCAGGAGAACUCCAUUUAACACUAACCCCACCCCCCAGCUCCAGUCACUUUCCACACUGCACUAACCAAUCAUGUGGAGCUGUUGAUCCUAACAUGUUUUCCCAAAUCUACCUUAACCUCUAAUCUGUCACUUCAAAUGUUCUAUUAUCUCAAAUGUUUGCAUACAACUAAUGUUUACUCCUUAGAAAAACAAAAAAAACCUCAGUCUGACCAAUUACUUUCAUUACGAUGGUCUUACGAUGAACACCUCAUUGUAUUCCCUUAAUUUUGAUUACCACUGUAAUCUUAUUUGCCUGACUUGAACAAAUAUAAGAAUUAAAAAAAAAUGUAUAAAUAAAAAUUACCAGAUUUUACUAAUUUCAUGACGUAAAGUCAUGAUUUUAUAAAGGACACGGAGGCGAGUAUUGUGCUCUUUUUUUAAUAUACCUCAGCAGCAAAGAAAAAGAAAUGCAUAAACAUAAACGAAAUCAAACUGAGUACUCAAAGAGUUAACAUAGUCUGUUAUCCCAACCAAUAGAAACAGUCCUUCUAUCAAUAACCACCCAUGUGACCUUUCCUCUCCCUCUUUCUUUGGUCCUGCCGAAGCCGAACUGUAAAAACCUUGCGAAAUGACUUGACCCAUAACCGGUAUGUCGUUAUCUUCUCCAUAACAAACGUGAAACAUAAACCAAAUGAACGGAGACGAGAACCGAUCCUCCAUGUCGUUGACGUGGAAACGUUACGCUGAAACAGGAGAGAAAAGAAAUAUGGUAAUGUGUGGUCUAAUAACUGCAUGUUACAUAUGCCAUACUAUUCCUUAUUAUAUCUGGCAACCUCUACAAAUUAUCAUACCUGUUGUAGACUGCCUUAUGUCACAUGCUUGGAACACAGAAUUCUAAACGUCAUGUCAAUCACCCUAUAAUUCUUAUCACUUCAACUUACUGGGUGGGAGUCCGGAAAUCCUGUUAUCUAAUACCAACCUCGCGGUACUUACCAUGCCAUCGCCGCGAUCCUCCUCGGGUGGGCCAAUACUCGCCUCCGUGUCCUUUAUAAAAUCAUGACUUUACGUCAUGAAAUUAGUAAAAUCUGGUAAUUUUAUUAAAGGACACGGAGGCUCAUAUUGUGCUAGUUUAAAGCUGAGCAAUGAGUGAGGACGUGACAUGUUCUGGAGGUCGAAAAUAAUAUUCUUUAAAAGUUGACUCCCGCGACCAAUCCGCCGUACGUAAAAGGUCUUCCAAUCUACAACCUAAGGUAAAUGCCUUGGUCGCUAUGGCCCCCCUCGUGGAGUGUGCUUUGUACACAGAGGUAUCAAUAUUUGCGGAGGCCAUUACCCAUUUUACCCAUCUAGCUAUCGUAACUGUCGAUACUGGGUGAUGCGGUGCUUUGAUGGCUAUAAAUAGUUCAUGCCUAUUAGGGUCUCGUAACGCCCGUGUUCGUUCUUCAUAUUCUUUGAGACAAAUUACAGGGCAUAGAUUUACAUUAUGAGGGAACGCUGGAUAGGAUACUGUCGAAAUCGCUGUUUUUGUACGUCUGGAAAUGUGAAACGUCACUCCUGAUGGAGUGAAUGAACGUGCGUCUACAUCCAAUGCCCGCACCUCGGAUACUCUUUUGCAUGAUAUCAAGCAGAAAAGCAUUGCCAGUUUCGCUGAUAGUUGUUUCAGCGUAAGAUCAGAGUUCCGUGGCCAUUGCUCUUGUAGGUUCAGGACUAAAUUUACAUCCCACGUGGAUGUAUAUCUAGGUCGUGGUGGCCUUGCAAAAUGAACACCUCGUAGGAGUCUGCAUACCAUUGCGUGUCUCCCUAUCAGUGCACCUUCUAGCCCAUGAUGUCCUGCUGAAAUCGCUGACAUAUAGCUGUUAAUAGUCCGGUAGGCCAGACCUUGCUCGAAUAAGGCUGUCAAGAAACGCAGAAUGCUGGUUAAAGGGGCACAAACGGGAUCCACUGGUUGUUCCAUGCACCAACCACUCCAGACGUUCCAUGCCCGUCUGUAGGACCUCCGAGUUCCCGGUGCCCAGGGCCCUGCCAAUAGCUCCAACGUUGUCCGUGGAACCUCCGGCAUGAAUGAGAAUCCCCGGAAAGGAGCCACGCUAGUAACCUGAGGUGUCCGUGCAGUACCAAAGGGUGCGAGUUCCCUUCCGGAUCCGUCAAUAGAUGAGGGUCCGCUGGUAGCAUUCUGGGGAGGUCGAUAGACAUCUCCAUGAGUGACGGGAACCAUGGUUGUGCCGUCCAAAAUGGCGCGACCAACACUAAGGUCGUCUGCAAGCGGCCGAGGUGAACCAAUGUCCGUGCCAGCAGAGCGGAAAGUGGGAAAGCAUACAAUCUCUUCCGCGGCCAUUGUUGGAGGAAUGCAUCCGUAGCCACUGCAUCCGGGUACAGUCUCCAGCUGAAGAACUCCGGUAGUUGUGUAUUCAACAGAGACGCAAACAGAUCCAUGUGUAGCGGGCCCCACAACGUCUGCAGGCGCAGGAAUAUAUCCCGCUUCAAGCGCCAAUCGCUGUUGUCCCGUAGGUGUCUGGAAUUCCAAUCCGCUACUGUAUUCGAGAGGCCCGGGAUGUAUUCGGCCUGCACUGAGAUGUUGCGGUCCAGACAAAACUGCCAGAACUCCAUGGCCAAAUCCGCCAAGAGCUUGGAUCUGGUGCCGCCCAGGCGGUUGAUGUAUUGCACUGCUGAUAUGUUGUCCAUCCUUAGGACGAUGGAACAAUGUGUCCUGGUGCCCAGCAAGCUUUUCAGUGCGAAUGAUCCCGCCAUAAGUUCCAAACCGUUGAUAUGCAUCGACUUUUCCGACCGGGACCAUCUUCCGCCUGUGGAAAUAUGCCCACAACGCGCUCCCCAGCCCAGCGUGCUGGCAUCGGAUUCUAUUAUGCAAUCCGGGGCGUUGCCAAAAAUCGCUUUCCCGUUCCAUGCCGCCAUGUGUUGCAACCACCAGUCGAGUUCCGCCUUGGCCGUGUGAUCGAUCGGCACGGAGUCUGCAUAAGAGCGACCCAAUUGUAGAUGUGUGGUCUUUAACCUUUGUAGGGCCCUGUAGUGUAGAGGCCCGGGAAAGAUCGCUGAAUGGAGGCCGAGAGGAGUCCGAUUAUCCUGGCCAGUUGUCGCACCGUGAGUGUCGAUCGACGUAGCGUCUUGUGGAUCUCCUUUUUGAUAACCUUGAUCUUUCCCUACAGUAAAUUCAGAGUCCCUUGGACUGCGUUGAUAGUGAAACCCAGGAAUGUGAGGGAAUCAAUACUGAUUUUUCCCAAUUGAUGAGAAAACCGAGGUUGCGCAAUAGUUGUAUUGUCCAUGAUAAGUGUUGUCGGAGCAUGCUUACCUCCUGCGCCAUGAUCAAGAUAUCGUCCAGGUAGACGAUCAUGCGCACUCCUCUGCCGCGAAGCAGCGCCACCGCCGGUUUCAAGAGCUUCGUAAAGCACCACGGGACGGACGACAGGCCGAACGGGAGACACCUGAACCUCCACACCUGGUCGUUCCACUGGAACUGGAGGAGGUGGUGACAUUCUUCCGCUAUGGGAACGGUAAGGUAGGCAUCUUGGAGGUCCAAUUUGACCAUCCAGUCCGCCAGCCGGAGGAGAUCCCGCAGACAAUGGAUUCCCUCCAUUUUGAAGUGAUGGUAUCAUACAAACGCAUUGAGGGGGCGUAGGUUUAUUACCGGUCUUACCCCGCCGCCCUUUUUGGGGACCAGGAAGAGAUUGCUUAGGAAACCUGGGGAAUGAUACGCGACUCGAUAAAUCGCGCCCUUUUCCCUUAAUGAUCUGAUUUCCUGGGACACGAGACUCCUGUCCGUCGGGGAAAAGACCAUUGGUCGAGGGGCUGCUAGUUGGACUGGGGGUUGUACAAAGUCUAUCUGAUACCCCGCAACAGCGUUGAGAACCCAGGCAUCGGACGUGAGUCCGUGCCACGCCCUGAUAAAAUGAGCUAGUCUGCCCCCUACAGCUGAAGCAUAAAUUCGGGAAGAAAAGAGGGUACUCACCAUAAGGUCGUCGGCCGUAUGUAGCGCCUCUGCGCCCCCUGGGUUGCCAUCGCCAGCCCCGGACAGGGAAGAAUGGUGAAGGAUUCCUGACCUCUGGUGGCUGAAAUCUGGGUGCAGGGGAGCCUCGGUAGCCCCGAUAGGAGCCCCGUGAUGACCGGCCGAACAGACGGCCCCAUUGUCUGCCAGCCCCCCCAAAAACCUUUGGGGCGAACACCCGCUUUAAGUUUGUUUUGUGCCUUGUCCAGGGCUGUAAAUGUACUAACAUAGGUGCCCAACUCCUUGACAAAAUUAUCCCCAAAGAGGAGGCCCUUUGCCUGCGGUCCGGGUUCAGCAAUAGCCAUGUUGACCAGCUUCGGGUCAAUUUUCAUGAGUACCGCCUUUCGUCUCUCUGUACAGAGUGCUGCAUUGGAGUUACCAAUGAGACAUAUUGAGCGUUGCACCCACUCUCGGAUUGCCAAGAGGUCCACAGGUGUGCCAUUUGAAAUCGUCUCUUCGACCAUGUCGAAGAUUUUUGCGCUGGGGCCCAGCGAGUCUAGCACCUUAUCCUGACAAUGGCGUAGUGAAUAAUCUAGGCCUUUUUUGGCUUUCCAGCCCGACCUUCCCAGAAACUGGACAAUCUUUGGAUCCAGUUCUGGCGUGGCGCACGCCAGAUCAGGCACCGUUGGGCGUGGGCAUUCGGCCCUCAACUUAUUCCUAGUAGCCUUGUCUAGGGGUUUUCUAAUUCUGGCUGCUAUAUACUGAGCCACGUGGUCCGCCGGGAACCACUCAGUCGACCUAGGAUAUUGCAGGUCGUCCGGGUUGAACAAAGGUUCCCCUUGCAGAUAAAGGAUAACGGAGUCAUCCGUUUUGUCAUGACCCUUAGUGGGCGGCCUGUCUGAAAAAUUUCGUUCCGGAGAAGAGUUCUCCGAGUCUUGCGGGCCCAUACCUUCAGACUCACUCAGUACCUCCUCUUGGUCCGAAUCAGAGUCGGAUAUGUCUUUGCUGGCUUUCACCCAUUUCCAUGACCGCACCGCUUUUGCCCGGUGGGAGGCUCUCUUACGUGGGGGCCCCACGUCCUCAUCAGUGACAGGGCGCAACCUGUCCGUCACAACUGUUUUGGAGGUGUGUUUGCCCAUGUGAUGGGUCUUUGCAGUAGCCUUGCGACCGCUCAGGGGAGCAGGCUCAUCGUCUUGGGCCUUGGAGCUGUGGUCACCGGAGCUGUGGCCAGACGCCAUGAUGGCGUGGCUGAUGGAUUGGGUCAGGUUAUCUGACAUCGCCCCCAUCGCCCUAUAGAUUGCUUGUGUGACCGUUUUUGCCAUGGUCGCGUCAAGCAGGGAGUGGAACUCCUCUGAGUUCAAUUGCUCUACCGACCCCAUAUCCUCCCUCUGAGAGGGAAUAGGCUGCUUGUAGGUACAGUGGCCCGCUCCUGUUCUGUGGGGUGCUGCAUGGCGAGGCUUAUAUAGAGGUAUUGGGGAACACCCUAUGGCAAAUAUGCAACUAUUUAUUGCUGGCCAUUUAAGGCACCCUGUGUGGCAUAAAACAGAAAAUGUGACUGAAGGUGACACAACCACCAGCCUGUCCCUUUAAGGCCCAGGGGGAAAUAUCUAAGGGUUUCCUAACGCUCAGAGACUGCCACUGGCAGGUGUGAGGGCAAACAAGCUGUCAGCUUACCUAGUGUUCCCUCCGGAAUGGUAGCAGAGGGGGGGACACUAGGGAGCUGACAGUUGCAGCCAACACCCACUCCGAACGCUCCCGCCCUUCAGGGGGCUGGGAGUGUCGGAGAAAGCGCGGGAACCAAGCCCGCCGAGAAACCGGCUUAGAAGCUGGCCGCCACGCUAUGCGGCUGCAACCACGCAUGCACGCGCCGACCCGGCUGAGAUCAGCUGGGGAAGCCGCUGGUGAUUGAAAACACGGGUAAUAACCUACCCGACUGGGUGGGAGGGGGAGGGAGGGAAGGAGAGGAGAUUUCCCUGAACGGGAAAGGGGACAGAGAGCCCAGACAGAGGAGCACUGGCCCCCCAGCCACUCCCCCAAAGCUACAGGAAAAAAUAAGUGUACAAAGCAGAAUAAAUGACAGUAGGAAACAAUAAGAGGAAAUGAACCACAAUCUAAAACAUGGUAGCAAAACAAGUACAGCAAAGAAAAAAUAUUUUUCCAAGUGAAUUAAACAAACAGUAUGAACAUAAUUGAAGAGAGCUAAAAUUAGGUGAUACUUAGCUGAGGCAGCAGCAAAGAAAGAGGGAGAGGAAAGGUCACAUGGGUGGUUAUUGAUAGAAGGACUGUUCCUAUUGGUUGGGAUAACAGACUGUUAACUCUUUGAGUACUCAGUUUGAUUUCGUUAAUGUUUAUGCAUUUCUUUUUCUUUGUUGCUGUGGUAUAUUAAAAAAAGAGCAUAAUACUCGCCUCCGUGUCCUUUAAUAAAAUCUGUUUCGUUAUAUAGGACUGAAGAAUAAUAUUUAUUUAUAUUUAUUUAUAAAAUAUUUUACCAGGAAAGAUACAUUGAGAUUUCUCUCGUUUUCAAGUAUGUCCUGGGUCCACAAAUCAUUGCAUUGUUACAUUAGGUACAACAAAAUACAAAAACAAUAUUAAUACAUAAUAUAUAUACAAAAUUUAACAUAGAACAGGCAGGAAAUAUAUAAUCAACCAUGACACGUGCAUUCUGUUUUGAGGUAUGUAGAGAGGGAUCUCUUAAAUGACUUUAGGCUUAGGGAAGAUUUUAAAUUGUGCGGGAGGUCGUUCCACAAUUGCGGCGCUCUGUAGGAGAAGGAGGAUCGGGCCGCUUUCUUUUUGUAUUGAGGUAGACUAAGUAAAGUGCUUGUACUGGAUCGGAGCUUAUAGAAAGUGGGAACAGCUGGGGAAAGCAUUUUGUUCAGGUAGGGUGGGAGUUUCCCAGAAAAGCUCUUAAAAACAAGGCUGGAAAGAUGAAGGGUGCGUCUGGAUUCCAGCGAUAGCCAGUUUAGUUCCUUUAGCAUGUCACAAAUAUAUUGUUGAUUAUUAAUUUAAUAUCAAUAUACAUUCUUCAUUCAGUUCUAUGUAACAGAAUCAGAUUUAACAGAUUUUAUUUAAAAACAUGUUUUUACCAACUAUCCAAAUAAAGUAUAGUGCUAGAAAACUAUUAUAUGCAAAUCUAUUAAGGGCUGGAUAUAUUGCACUCGAUUGGUAAGCAUUACCAGUGCUCUAUCUAAUUACAUUUCCAACUCCAUUAAAGUCUAUAUGAAGUUGGAAAUAUAAUCAGAGCAUUAGUAAAGCUUACUAAUCAAAUAUAAUAGCCCUAUGUCAAGUAAUGAACUCAAACAGCAGCUCUAAGCAAGCAUUUUGCAAGUACGAAAAUUCUAUUUAUGCUUACACAAUUUAUGAAAAAAGACAAAACACAAAGGCGAUGGGCCUCUAUUCUGUUGUUUUAUGUAAACUAUUUCCAAUUUAAUUGAAAAUUAUUGUGCAAAACAGUGCAAGAAACCGCUGUAAAACCAACCUCAAACUGUAAACAGAUGUAGCCUGAAGUCACAAACACAUUUCUGCUGGGAUAAUGUAAUGUUAAUGUAAAUAAAAUAACUACACACAUGACAAAUUGGGCUGCUUUCUAUUUAAGUAAGUAAAAGUGGCAGGUUUAUUUUCAAGAACAAAAGUUGCUUAGCUUUCUCGCAGGGGAGAUGGUUCCUCUUCUCAUCAAGAACAUGAGAUGCUGCACUGAAUAGUCUCUCACUCUCUGUGCUUGUGCUUGAGGCAGAGAGUGAGAGACACUGUGGUAGAGAUUAACACAGUGGGGGAGUUUAAGCAUGCGUGGGAUAGGCAUAAGACUAUCUUAGACUUAAGAUAAGGCCAGGGACUAAUUAAAAGUAUUUCGAAAAAUACUGGGCAGACUAGAUGGGCCGAAUGGUUCUUAUCUGCCGUAACAUUCUAUGUUUCUAUAUCUGCGUGCAAUCCAUGCAAGCAAUGGAAAGCGAUCUGUGUUCAUGCGCCAGUAGUCAAGUGGAUUGUCGCUUCUGGCGAUGGGUAGUUCAGCGAGAUAAAUCUCCAGCUGUUGUGUAGCUGCGCUUCUUGUGGCACUGCUGUGAAUUGGGGUGCUGCUUUUCUGUAGAAUCUCGUCAAACAUGUCAGAAAGUGAGGGAGUGUGCUCUUCAUCACUUGUACGUCUUGACCGUUUCUCUGGCACACUUUUGUUCUGUGCUGCGCAUCAAGUCUCCUUCAACAGAUCCUUCCAUCACCUUCAACUGUGCCUGUAUCAUUUCCUGUGCACGCUGCUUUUUGUCCACGUCGAAGUAAUGUUCUUUGAAUCAAGGAUCUAGUACUGUUGCAAUGCAGUACAGGGGGUUGGACUCAGUGUCUUGAAAGCAUUUAACAGCCUCCAAUAGAGUGCUUUUAACUGUUUUUACGUCGUGGUCUGUUUGCACCUCUUUUCCUAGCAGAGGCUUCAGUGUUGCAAUCAAGGGAAUAACUUCAGCAACAGAUGCAUUAGCUGAACUUAUUUCCUUGGUUAACUGUUCAAAUGGAGAAAGAAGAGACACAAUAUUUUCAAUUAACAUCCGCUGAUUUGCACUGAACGUUGCUGGCAGUUCGUAAUCUGCCAUGUAUGCAGCUAAUACUCGCUUUUGUUCAAGUAGUCUUUCCAACAUAAAGUACGUGCUGUUCCAGCGAGUGGCUACAUCUUGCUGCAGUUGUUUGGUUGGCAUUCCAAACUGUGCAUGUAAACCUGAAUAAGCAAGCGGAGAAUGCUUAAAGUGACCCACAAUUUUUCUCCCUUUGGCGGUUAUAUCUGAUAUGCUGCGCUGACUCAGCACUCCCUCAUUCACAGCCAACUGCAGCGUGUGUGCCAUGCACGGUAUGCUAUUGAGGCCACUGUCCUCCAUAGUUCCGUGCAUUAUCUCGGACAAUCAGAUGCACUUUAGACUUGUCAAUGUGCCAAGUUUGAAGCACGGUAGCUAAAGCCUCAGAUAUCGCUGCUGCAGUAUGUGACCCAACAAACUCUUGUGCCUGAAGCAAAAUUAUUUGCAAUUUAAAAUCCGCGUCUAUCCACUGCGCUGUUAAGCUGAGCAUGCUAGCUGGACUUACAUCUGAGCUCCAAAUGUCAGUGGUAAAACUUAGAGUUGGGGUGUCUGUGGUCAUGAGCUCAUGAAUGUGUUUUGAAACACGAUCAAACAUUUCAGGUAGACAGGUUUCUGCAAAAUAACGUCUUCUUGGCAUUGUGUAACGAGGCUCAAUGUGUUGUAUGAGCUUACGAAAUCCAAUGUCUUCCACAACAGAGAAUGGCUGGCUGGUCAUCUAAGGCAAUAAAUUCCAUUAUUUUCUCUGUAAUGCCAUGUGCUUUCGCACUAUCGUUUGCAAAUUUCUUAGUCUUUUCAAAGACUGUGGCGACAGAUGGUGUUGGUGUGCUAGUAGUUUGGGUACUUUUAAAGGAUUAUGCCAUCCUUGGGAGACCCUCACCCUCAGGGUCCCCCUCCCGUGGCGCUGAAGGGGUAAAAAAAAACCUUCAGCAGCUCACCUUAAUCCAGCGCCGGCUCCCUCUGCGCUGGUGACCACUCGUCCCCGCCAGCUCCCAAGUGAAGCGGAAUGCGCAUGCGCAGCAAGAUCCGCUCACACAUUCCAUCAGUCCAUUUCUCAAUGCUUUUACUAUGGACGUUCUGCACGCUGGAUGCGAAUUUCGCAUCCAGCGUCGCAGAAGCGUCUCUAGCAGCUGUCAGGAAGACAGCCACUAGAGGUUGGACUAACCCUGCUAUGUAAACAUAGCAGUUUCUUUGAAACUGCUAUGUUUACAUGUGAGGGGUAAAACCUGAGGGACCUGGCACCCAGACCACUUCAUUGAGCUGAGGUGGUCUGGGUGACUAUAGUGUCCAUCUAAGCAUUGUUUCUUUUCUGUACUCUUCAUGCUGAAUUGGAUGUCAUGUUUUCAGGUGGUGUAUAAACCCUGUUGUGGAAAAGUGCUUCUGCACUGUACCCCUUCUUGAUAUUUCAGCUGAACAAAAACUGAAGACUGCAAAUUUGCUGUGUCUUUGUCAGAAACUUUAAAAUAUGUCCACACCGCUGACAUUGUAAAGUCACUGAAAGAGGACUAUGCCUCAGCUAUAGAUUAAAAAAGUAGGAAAGUGACUAACUUAAAAAUUUACUUUUUUUAUUUUUAUUUAGUUAUAAAAAGGUACAUAAUAAUAUACACACAGUGCCACCCAAAGCUGCUAGUUUAAACUUAAAUAAUGGGGUAAAAGACCUUUAAAAUAUGAUACGUGCAUUAGGCUGAUCUGGUUCAUAAUCAUCUGUCUUUAGUGUGCACUGCACACUGGCAACUGACAUAAUUAGCUUCACCCCUGCAAGCAGAGCCUGCAAGGGUAAAGUUCGUGUAGCCCCUCCCGCCUCCCUAUACCCUCUGCUAUUGGUUUUCCAAAUCAUCCCUCCCCCUCACCUGCAUUCUGAGAUGGUAAGAAGGUCAAAUCAGAGGCUUCUCUAUGAGAAGCCUCUGAUUGAACCUCACGUGACAGGCCCUGGCUAGAUUAAGGUAAGGAAAAGCAAAUUUUUAUUGUUUAUUACAUAAAUUAAAAAAAAAGUUCCUCAAUUAUUGCAAAACCCACUGAUAAGGUUGGGGGAGUAGUGUUUCAGAAUUCAGAGGAUUAUAUACAGGAGAUAAAUAGUCAAUAACAAGAUAAUGACACAUAUACUAAACUGAAAAAAGACCCUACUAGUGACAUUAAACAUAUCAAAUACAUAGAAAUAUCAAAUACUUUUGAAUAAAGGUAUGGAUCUCAAAAUCUUGGAUAAAGGUGAAAAAAGUUUUAACAGUUGACGAUCCCAGAAUCCUUAAGUAUAUAUAUAUAUAUAUAUAUAUAUAUAUAUAUAUAUAUAUAUAUAUAUAUAUAUAUAUAUAUAUAUAUAUAUAUAUAUAUAUAUAUAUAUAUUUAUAUAUAUAUAUGAAUUUUUGGAAGUAUAUAAUUAUAUAAAGACCCCUUCAACCCUCCCGGUAGACCUAUCAUCAUCUCUGGAAUCUAUUCUAUUUUAUCACCACUUUCCCAAUAUAUAGAUGCACACUUACAAUCUUGGGUUAAGUCCUUUCUUUUUCCAAGACUCUAUGAGUCUUUUAAAUACUUUAGAGAAUUUUAAAUGGGAAGAAGACUGUUUUAAUCACGUGUGACGUGACCAGCCUUUGCAUAAUCAUUGAACACAUGAAAGACUGUGGAGCCGUGGAAUUUUUUCUUAAAUAAUCACAUACCAUUCUUGAUGUAAAGUUCCAAUUUAUUUUGGUAGGUAUUGACAUGAUUCUUAAAACAAUUAUUUUUGGUUUGGUAGAGAGUUGUUUUUUUGUUUCUUCUUUUUUUUCUUUAAAGUGGGAAGUACCCUGAUGGGGACCAAGUUCGUGGCUAGCUGCGCAAAUCUUUUUCUGGCAUUCUAGGAGAAGAAUUUUAUUUACCAGAACCACCAGUUUGGCGCAAACUUGGUCCUCUAUAGACGAUACAUAGAUCAUAAUUUUUAUUAUUUGGAAGGGAUCUAUCGAGCUUUUAACUUAUUUUAUUUUUUUUUCCAUUUUUUUAUUUUGCAUAUUAUUCAGGUUACAACAGAUGCGCGGUAUAGGCAUAGUAUAUCACCAAACCAUAAAAGACACACAAUGUAGUAUCAAUGCCUCGUCUAUGCAAUACAAAGAUAUAUUCAUAUAUAAUGUAACAAACAUCUAACUGUCCCGAGGUCACUCUUCACAAGGACUUUAGCUUAAAGCGGCACUGUCAUGCCGAACUUACCUUUCUUUAGUCGAUUCCUCUUCUCUCCCUCUCCCAGGAUCUGUUCUUCAUUUUUUCCUGUCUGCUCUAAUUUUCUUUAAAACAUAAGACAAAGUAGGCACUAUUUGUCUUAUGGAGGUUUCCUACACCUGACCAUUUCUGACCAGCGGAGGAGCAAAGUGUGCUUCAUUUCCGGUGGUCAGAGAAAUUUUCCCACAAUUAUAAGCUUUCCUCCCUGUUCCCGCGAUGCUUCCUGUCAGUAUUCCUGAAGGUCUUGUCACUUAGGACGCCGGCGAAACUGUCAAAUUACAUCCUAACACAAUGAGAACAGUUUGUUCAUUCAUGUUAGGACGCAAUUCGGGACUUUGUUCGUAUUGGAAUUUCAUUCUAAUGAAUGAAAUUCCAAUCCUAUUCGUGCCGCGGCUGCAUCUUGCAGCUGCUUAGUAGAUAACUCCCUAAUUCCCACGGUAUCAGGGAGCUAUAUACUAAAAGGCUGAAAGACCUAAAUUGGUCUUUCAGCCAAAUUUACUAAUACUGAGUAAAGAUUACUUAGUAUGAGUAAAUUAUGCCCCUAUCUAGUAGCCAGUGGCUGCUCACUGUUAAAACAAAAAACACCUUAGUAUCCCUCCACCCUUGCCGCACAAGCGGAGGCUAUUAAACUGAUGGGGGGACCUAGAGCCCCCCUCCCAGCAGUGGGUGGGGGCCCUAAAGGAUAAUGAGGGGGGGGACCUAUUGUCCUCCCCCCGGCCUCCAGCCCUGAGUGGCGGGGGGACCCAUUGUCGUCGUCCCCAGCCCUUAACCCUGAGCGGCGGGUGGGGAUCCUAAAGGAAAAUGGGGGGGGACCUAUUGUCCUCCCCUGGCCCCCACCCAUGAGCAUUGGGUGGGGGCCCAUAAAUAACAAUAAGGGGUUGGGACUUAUUGUCCUCCCACCCCUGAGCCCCCCUAAACGAAAAUGCCCCCCAAGGUGACUAGGGGUACACAAGCCCCUAGUCACCCCCCACCCCCCCCCACCCAAAUAAAAAAUUAAGUUUAAGGAAGACUAGGAAUAAUCUCAGGUUGAGCAUACUGACAUUGAAGAGAACGUUUCACAUUUAUAAGGUGUAAAGAUUAUUUAGAUAUAGUAUUCUUACUAACAAUUAGCUUUUACUGUGCAGGUGCCCCUCCCCCAUCGGCUGUCAUGAUCUCCCCAAAGGUGUGAGCCUAAAAUUGCAUGGAGUUCAGCUGGGUUGAGCUUUUUUGGGGAAACUGAGGUGUGAAACUAAGGGGAAACUUAAUUUAUGUAAAUGGUUAAUUAUCAUAGGGUAGCUUAAGUCCCGAGUAGGAGGUGGAUGAUAAUAUGGCAUUACAGGAGGCUGCUUGUCUUAACUUAACCUAUGCUCUCAAGAGUCUCUUUCCAGCGCUGUAUCACGCAGUGGGACUAACCCAUCCUGCUUUCCCGAGUGCCUCAGAUGUAUUUGUCUGUUUGCUUUGGUGGAGGUCUUUUGCACACCUCUCAGGCAUGUGUGCUGGACGGGUCAGUCUCUGGUAGGGGCGCAGAUUCUUCCCGGCACUGGUGUCGAGCUGCUUUGUGGGUGGUCUUUGCUGGCGAGCGCCACCGCGUGGGUUUCCCAGCCGGCGGGAGACAGAGUUUUUUUUUUUUGUGUGUGUGUGCUAUUUUUUUGGCGCACUUUGUUUGGCCGGGUGAGACGCUUGGAUGUUAGCAGUAGGGUGGCACCAAAUUAGCAGGGUGGCACCAAAUGCAGCAUCUAGCUGCACCAGGAUGCCAAGCUCCUGUUGUGUCAGAUGGCCCCGGUUUGCUCUCUGCUAUUUUGGAGUCAGCUCGCCUCUGUUGGGGUUGCUGCCACAGCCUCUGGAGGGGACUUCCUGGGACCAGGAUAACCCCCACCAGUCCAUAGGGGGAGAGGGGGGGAUGAGAAGCCCACAAUCAAACUUUCAGCCGUUGAAGGCAACAUGAUCUCCCCCGCGCCGACCAUGCUGGUGGGCCUUGAGGAGUGCUUCAGUGGUUCCUGACGGUUGUGCCACAUAUUUGGUGUCUGCAGGUAGCCCCCUCGAAGGCACGACAGGUUUAGUGGGUUUCUACAUACAGUGAAACUUUGGAACUCAAACUUAAUCCAUUCCAGAAGGCGCAUCACCAUUUCCCAUAGGAAUGCAUGUACAUUUGAUCUGUUCCAGACCCCCAAAAUUACAGCAGUUUACAUUGUAAACGGGACCACUGUUCGUGCACACACCGCUGACAUUGCACACACACACAUAAAGCUGAUAUAGUACAGACACUGCACACACAUAGCUGACAUAGUACACACACUGCACACAUGCCUGUCUGGCUCUAGUACUUACCGCUUUGGGGAAGGUGCACCGAUCGGUGUCCACGGGGAUCCUCCUUUUCAGGGUCUCUUGCAGAAGCAGUAAUUACACGAAGAAGCCCAGCAAGUUGGUCCGGGCCCACAUGUUGCCUCUUGGUGAUAAGUUCCCAGUGAGAGCGAUCUGGCAUUUACCAAGUGAAGGUGUAUUGUGCCCCCACUGAGGACGGUCUGCCCAUCUCUGCCAGGGCUGGCUGCCAGCAGGGAGCAAAGGGGGGCUGCUGCACCUGGGUGCCGGGCUGUCCUGAAAGCUGCUGGUGGGUAUAUGGGUGUCCUUGCGCCCACUAGAUGCUAGUAGGGUGCCCUGCGUGCUGGAGUGCUGCCCUUGGUGGUGUAGGUAGUUAGAGGGCUGCCCUAAGUGCUGCUGCUAUAGGUCGAGGCUGCUAGGGAUGGAGCAAGGUAGGUACCUCUCUGCAGGUCAGUAGAACACGCUCAUCCUGUAACAGCUGGGCGAGAGAAACUUCCACACUUACUUUUCAGCCACAUCUUAACUCCAUGAGAGAGCUAGCUGGAGGCGUCACAUGACCCUGGUGAGCAGCUCUUUGAUGUUCGGGUACCGAGACAUUUUUUACUCAAAAUUCUAGUUUGAAUACCGAAUUGUUUGUGAACAGGAACGUUCGAGUUCCGAGGUUCCACUGUAUUUUGGUCGCCAUUGUGCAGUCUUCUACCCCUGUUCCCUUGUUAUCUCGGCUUUUAUAAACCUUUCUUCCUUCUCUUAAACCUCUCAUCCAUUUAAGACAAAUUGUUACCCAGAUUGAUAUGUUACCUUACAUUUUCUUUUUGUUACUGUUGCAAUUCUGUUUUCCCUGAAGGUGAGAGAUACACUAACCCACUUUAGGGAUUAUUCAUAUUGCAGAUUGUGCUCAGACUGUAUUUAUAUAGAUUUACGGAGUGCCACUGCUAUUAUAAUGUUUAGUCCAGCAUUUAGUGAAUAUACCAUACUUGUGUUAUUUAGAAAUAAAAUGCAUCUAUUUUUCCAAUAAUGCUGGUCGAUUUUGACCCCUCUUUUUUUCUGUAUAUAACAGUGAUACCCCUUUCUAAUUUUUGGUUUUACAACACCUAGGUAAUAAUUUCACCAUAUUUUUGUUCAUACACUUGUCACUAUUUAGAGAAUAUGCCUCACCAAAUGUGUCCUUUUUAUUAAUGGAACACCACUUUAUCAUAUUUAACCAAUGUUGCGCUUAGAUUUAUAGAAUUCUUCUUUUUAAGUAUUUUCAUUAAAAGUUAAGUUUUACAAUCUGGCUGACUUUGGGCCACGUGUGUCGCUUGUCACUAACUACCUACAAAACAUUCUUGGUUCUUCCUUUUUGCAUUGCUUAUUUAGGUUAUAGGGGUAAUCCCCCAAUUUGGAGUGUUUUGAUAAAUGAAUUAUUAGCUCAACUUUUGUUUUUAGAUAUAACUCCAAUGGAAAAAUGUUUAAAUGCAUGCAAGUAUUCACUUGGGCUAUAUCUACUAAACAGUGAUGUUUUAAUUUAUUCUGUAUUUAGGCAAUGGAGUGUCCAUUUAACCUUGAAUGUACUUUGUGAAACAUUAUUCAAACCAAUGGAGGACUGUUACCUCUCAAGGAGCGUUCUUUUUUCCUUUACUAUUUGCGCAGGCCCUUAUUUAUUAUAGCGUGCGCAUUAGGCCUUACCCAUAGGAAAGCAUUGAUUCAAUUAUUGUGCGAUAAUUCAUUUUAUCUGGUGCUGGACGUCCUCAUGCAGGUGAAGACUAUAAAACGUUGCUGUACAUAUAGUUUACAAAUAGGUGUACAACAUGUGUAUUGAAUGAGUGAGAGAGAAACAAAUACAUAACAGUAAUAUAAACUGCCAUAAAUGAUUUAAAAAGUGAUACAUCUGCAUUCUUUCAAAUAUUUUUUUAUUUUUGAAAUAUGUUGAAUUAUAUGAGAAAAAUAAUAAACAAUUUAAUAAACUGUAUCAUGUAGUGAUCAUACAUUUUAACAAAGAUACAUCUGUUUUCAUAUUAAAAAAAACAAAAAAAAACUUUAUUUUAGAAGUGCUUCUCAGAAAACAUGGUAUGUAACAGGCCAUAAUACAAUACUGUUGUACAUUAAUAUAGAACUUAUUUGGCCAAGACACAGCACAAUUUUUAUAUGUACAAGUAAUUGCAAGUAGGUUUGCCUGCAAAGUCAAUUUUACAAUAUGUACAGAGUAUGUAGGAGUCAAGUCUGAGGGGACCUUCGAGUGGAGAUUGGAAAUAUGCGUGCUAAACCUACACAAGGAACUAAUGGACGUACUAAAUAUAAAUGAGUGUGGAUGCUUAGGUAAUUAACCUCGGUAUUUGGGGUUCAGAUUGGCCUGGAGAGGCUUGUGUAGGAGAUAUCUCUUGUUAGGUGUAUAGUGUUAUGUCGCCUGGUAUAGAUAAGGGAGAGAGAGUGUUGCCUCUUCAGUGGUGGGGUGCACCCCUAACCAAGGGUGCAGCGGAGGGGGUAUGGAAGGUCCAUCAGUCGCUAGUUGACUACCGUCUGGACUCCCCUUGUCUCUACGACAUAUUUCUAUCCUAUUAACUAGUUGCCAGUGAGAACUUAAAUUAGAAACAAACAAAGUCAAAAGAAGAGUGUAGAGAGGAAACAAACAUUAAAGGACCACUCUAGGCACCCAGACCACUUCAGUUUAAUGAAGUGGUCUGGGUGCCAGGUCUAUCUAGGAUUAACCCUUUUUUUUUAUAAACAUAGCAGUUUCAGAGAAACUAUGUUUAUAAUUGGGUUAAUCCAGCCCUCAAAGCCUCUAGUGGCUGUCUCAUUGGCAUGCAUGUGCAUUCAGCCGAAUGGGAGGAGGAUCGGAGGAGAAGAGCUCCCCUCCCAGCGCUGGAGAAAGGUAAGUUUUAACCCCUUUCCUCUCCCCAGAGCCGGGCGGGAGGGGGCACCCUCAGGGCACGAUAGUGCCAGGAAAACGAGUAUGUUUUCCUGGCACUAUAGUGGUCCUUUAACAGAACAGGUACACAUCUGCAGUAAGCUAUGUGCAAGACAGUUCCUAAGUAGUGCCAACUCCAAGUGGAGUCAGAUAACUGUAUCUUGCGAUCCACCGGCUCUCCGGACAAAUGGGACCACUGUAGCAGGGUCCCAGGUUUAAGCGGGGGUUUCUGCAGUCUGGUCUGCAGUUUAGUCAUACAGGCCCAGUGAUAUUAGGAAGGUGAAUACCUCUGCCACCGAGUGAGUGUGUGGGUGCCUCCCUUGCGCGGGGCCACUAAAGUUCCAGAUGGUCCACACCUGUUAGCUAUCCCUGCAGCUCGUAGUUUCGAUGUACCCGGUCCUAGGGCUUUGCGCCAUAGGAGCGUAGCUCCAGUGAGAUCCUUAAAAAAAAAAAAAAAAAAGAUAGGGAUGCACCUUCAGAGGUCAGUGGCUUUUUGCCUCUCAAGGCAGACAUGAUCUGGCUUUUUUUUUUAUCCUGGAAAGUCAAUCAGCGGAGGAUAACAUCCCUGAUCAGAUUAGGCAACAAUUUAGUUGAUGAUAGUUGAUUUUUUUGGCAACAAGAUGAGGUAAGAUUGUUGCUGGUAGUCUCUGAAUGUAGUGAGGUAAUUCUUUAGCUUAUAUUGUGGUUGGGAUGCCGCAUAUUUUAAUGUGGUUGCGAUGUUGUAAGUCCUCCAUGGUUGUCAUUUGGAGUGACAGGGUGCUUUGCUUAACUCUUUUUUUUUUUUUUUUUUCACCCAACUCUGUGUAUACAUGGGUCGCAGAACAUUGCUACAUAAUCUGAUCUUUGUGUUCACACAGAUUUAGUGUGUGUGUGUGUGUGUGUGUGUGUGUGUAUAUAUAUAUAUAAUAUAUUAUAUAUAUAAAUUUUUAGAAUGUAAACAGAAUGGAGGGAUUUUGUCUCCUACAAAUCUCACAUUAUGCUCUGCAAACAACUCUGAUGUCCUGGAGCUUAGAAACCAAAGCAGAUAAUUGACUGCAUAGCUGGAUAAUGUAUUGGGAAUAAAAUCACUGCUAAGAAUAUGGAAUACUAUAAUUCACUGUACCCAUACACAUGUUUAUUUUGUCAUUGUAGGUUAGGAUCCGUGGAAAUGGAAUAUACGGAAUAUAAUUCCAACAGCAGCAAUGUUUAUAAAGACGAUGGCUCAUCCUCGGAGAAUAUGCCCGACACACAGAUAAUGGACAAUUAUAAAAGUAAGAUGGGUGAAAUGGUCUUGAAUAUCACCCUGGAGAUCAUCUACGUGCUGACAGGAGAGGUGAGGGAUUUUCCAGUGUAUUGGAUUUGGAGCUAAUUUGGUGCUUAAUGUGAAUGGUUACAAAACACAUGGAAGAGAUAGUAAACUGCUAUGAAACUAAGUGAGAGGUUCUAUACCUCAGAAAUAAAUUCAAGAAGACCGAAUGGAUAGCAAUGAGUAAAACUUUUAUAAGUGUUAUUGUACUUAGAAUUUAAGUAAAUCUUGGAACAAGUCCUGUACACAAUAAAAAAUGUAUUUGCUGGCUGAUUGCCCCCUCUGAGUAAGAAACCGAUUGCAUUCCUGAUGAGCUUUGUUUCCUGACGGAGCAAAACACGUGUUUGGUGUUCACAUCUACUAUUUCAUUGUUACACUGCCACUCUGGAACAAUUAGCAAGCAAAUAAUAAAGGUUAGUUUAGCCUUCCAUGGGUCUAGGGCAGGGAUAGGCAACCUUAGGACACACAAGAUGUUGUGGACUACACCCACCAUAAUACUCUUACUCUCAUAAUGCUGGCAUAGCAUCAUGGGAGGUGUAGUCUAAAACAUCUGGAGUGCCGUAGGUUGAAUAUGCCUGGUCUAGGGUGUUAUAGGGAAUGGUUGUAUUGUACCAACUCUUCCUACUCCGAACCUUACAUUGACUGAAACCUUAAGUCACCUAGUGGUAGACUUUCAAAUUGCAGCCUUUAUUGAAAGAUAGGUUUUGACCAUUACAAGGUAUAGUAAGGACUCUCCAGGGAUGCUAGAACCCCUCCCCCCCCGUAAGAUUUACAACUAGCAGCUUCUUUACAUGAUUGGUAUUGGUUUGGUGGUAGGUGUUUGACAUUAAUUAUUCCCUUGAUGUCUGCUCAUUAUUAGAUUUUUCAAUACAAAUAUUAUUUUAGUUUGUAAAUGACUUGUCUAAAGAUCUAAUUAAAGUGUAAUAACAAUAGGCUCAUACUCAUUGCUAUCCACUCGUUUUUGUUGGCCACAAUGCGAUCUAGUAAAUCAACACUAGCCUAGUUAUAGCACUAGUUCAAAUCCUACAUGACAUGCAUACUGUAAAGACAAGCUGUAAAUUGACCAUAUUAGAUGAGUAGAAGUAUAUUGGAUAUUGUUCUUUUACUGGUAGAAACUAUUUUAGUUCGAUAGGCGUGAUUAUUCUACCCCCCAUUCUUUUAACCUUGGAUGAAGCCGACAUAUUUAAAAAAAAAAAAAAAAAAAACAAAUAGAGGGAGAGCGAGCGAAAGAAAAGUGAGAUGGAUAUACGUUGAGUGAAUACUUGCCUAACCAGCUUUGAAUUGUACUCAUCAAGUUGCACACAGUAUUAUGUAAAAUGAUUUACAUUUUUGUUAAUAGAAUUGCGCACAAAUCUAUAAAAAUAUGUAUAGCUGUUGCCAGGCACCUGUAAAUCAGUUUUUCACAAAUGACACUAUACAGACAAUCAAGUGACAGGAGAACACACUUUGCUGUCGGAGCAUAGAAAUUGAGUGACAGAUGCUACUCGAUUUAGACCGAUGUGCUGGCAAGGAGACCAUCAUGCUGUGUUUCACUCUACUUGGGGAAACCAUUCCUCCUCCCAAACAAGACAAAUAGUGUAAAGGGACAGGAGUCAGUAGAAAAACAAAGGUUGGGUGUUACAUUAGUGCAUUACCCACAUUCCUAGCAAGAUGGCUGCAUUGUGUAACACUGAAAGUCGGGAUGUUUUUAUUAGGGAUCGACCGAUAUUGAUUUAUUAGAGCCGAUACCGAUACCGAUAAUCUGCGAACUUUCAGGCCGAUAGCCGAUAUCUUGCCGAUAUUCUGUACAUUUACUAUUUUGAAUAAAUAAACUAAUUCGAAAGGUAAAUGCACAAAAUAUACAUGCCACAUGUAGUGGAUGAAGUGUGUUUAGACAUGGGAACUGUGUGUGUUUGUGUAGUGUGUGUGUGUAGUGGAUGCAGAGUGUGUGUUUGUGUAGUGUGUGUAUAAUGAAUGUAGUGUGUAUAUAAUGCAGUGUGUAGUGUGUAUAUAAUGCGGUGUGUAGUGUGUAUAUAAUGCAGUGUGUUUAUGUAGUGUGUGUGUAUAAUGCAGUGUGUUUUUGUGUAUGUAUGUAAUGCAGUGUGUGUGUUUGUGUAGUGUGUAUGUAUGUAAUGUAGUGUGUGUAUGUAAUGCAGUGUGUGUGUAGUGUGUAUGUAAUGCAGUGUGUGUAUGUAAUGCAGUGUGUGUGUCUGUAAUGCAGUAUGUGUGUAGUGUGUCUGUCUGUGUAGUGUGUGUAUGUAAUGCAGUGUGUGUGUCUGUGUAGUGUGUAUGUAAUGCAGUGUGUGUGUCUGUAAUGCAGUAUGUGUGUAGUGUGUCUGUCUGUGUAGUGUGUAUGUAAUGCAGUGUGUGUGUGUGUGUAUGUAAUGCAGUGUGUGUGUGUGUAGUGAUGUAAUUUUUGUAAUUUUAAUAUUUUUUUUAAUAUUUAAAUGUUUUUUUUUUGUUUAGUCCCCCCCCUAGUGUGUGUUUGUGUAGUGUGUAUUUGUGUAGUGUGUAUGUAAUGCAGAGUGUGUGCAGUGUGUUUGUGUAGUGAUGUAAUUUGUGUAAUUUUUUAUUUUAAUAUUUAAAAAAAAAAAUAUUUUUUGUUUAGUCCCCCCUCCCUGCUUCUUACCAGGGAGGGGGAUAUAGUAUCCCCUGGUGGUCCAGUGGCUUGUUAAGUACAGUGGUGGCUCAGCAGCAGCAAGCGCUGACUUACCUUGCAAGCAGCUCCUACAGCUCCCUGUGUAAAUCUCACGGCUCUUAGUGCCGCGCGGAGCGUUGCCAUGGUAACCCGUGGCAACGCUCUGCGGCCGCGGGUCUCACGAGAUUUACACAGGGAGCUGCUGGAGCUGCAUGCAAGGUAAGUCAGCGCUUGCUGCUGGCCCCCACAGGACCGCCGGGCUUAUAAUGGGCCCGGCGGUCCUGUUAUAUAUUAUCGGCAAUAUCGGUAUCUAAAUUGGCCGAUACCGAUAUUGCCGAAAAUACCAAAUAUCGGCCGAUAAUAUCGGCCAGACCGAUAAUCGGUCGAUUCCUAGUUUUUAUAGGUUGAUCAUCUAGUUUUUAUAACACUUUGAAUUACAAACGAUACUAUAGGUAGUUCUUCAAAUGUAAACCUAAAGAGACAAAAAUCUCAAAAGGUCACAAGUAGAAAAGUACAAAGUGGUCAUUCGGAAGCAAGUUACUGAUGUUUAGACCUUUUUUUUUUGUUGCUUGUUUGUUUUUUUCUUUAUAAAUUCUAUCUACUCUCUAUUUAGACACUAGUCAAACUGUAUUUUAGAUAAUAUUUCAUAGAAAGUCUUGGUGGAGUAUACAAAGAAUAAUACAGCAAGUGGAUGCACAGAAAAGAAGAGUAAUUUCAGUGGAAUGGCAUUUAUUAGUAUUUCUUUAAUUUUAGGAUUAUAUGGUUGUGAAGAAAAAUAGUGACCAUAGCUGCCACAUGUGUGUGUCAGAAAGUUCCACUCAAACAGAGAAAGUCAUCAUGGAACCUCCACCAAACUCACUGAUACAUGACCGAAACAAUGAAAAGAAGAUCCUUGAACUGACGAGUAGGAUUAUUCAGCUGUUGUCGGAUGUGAGUCAUUUUAUAGAGUAUGAUAAAGCCAAGGAAAUGUUUAGCCGUAUCAUGUGCAUAUAUAGUUCCCAUCAAGUUAUGCUUUUUUUCUGUCUUUCUAUGUAGGAGUGGGCACAUUCAGAAGAACACAAUACACAUGGUAUAAUGGAGGAUCGUAAACCAUUCGACUCACUUGGUAUGAAAAUUGGUGAUUCGUUGGUGACUAUACCGAAUUAUUCACAAAGUGUAAAUUGUAAAAAAUUCAAAGUGAAUUUAAAGGGAAUCUCUAACAUUCGUAACACCAACUUUGAUUUCUGCUUGCAGAUUACAAUUUAGAGUGCCCUGUUUUAAGACUAAAUAAGAGAUCCCUUUUUUUUUUUUCUCUCGUCGUAGCCACCUUCACACCCCCUGCUGAGAUCAAUAAUGUUCUUGGCUAAUCUAUUGCUUCCCCAUAAUGCAUCAUUGGGAAUCUACUGCACAUGUGUGGCAAUCGCUGUAUUGUGCAAUCAGAAACUCCUAACAGAUGCAUUAUACCAUGGGUGUCCAACCUUUUGGCUUCCCUGGGCCGCAUUGAGCGCAGAGGAAUUAUCUUGGGCCACACAUAAAAUCUUCUAUAAGUUCUAUAAUAAAACUUUAAAACCCCUUUUAUUAAUUUUGUUUAGUAGAUAUUCCCUUAUUUGUUAUCUUUAUGUGGAAUUGCCAUAUUCAAGGAUACCAAAUUAGGGAGCUAUCUACUAAAUAUAUACACAUGUAAAUGCACACCUAAUCAGAUAUACACACAGAAUGACAGACACAUACACUCACAGACCUAUGCGCACAAUAACAAAUAUACUCACAUACAAUCACUGACCUAUACACAGUCUCAUACGCACACAUAAUCACAGAUGUAAAUACACAAACAUACACAUACAAUCACAGACCCACACACAUACAAUCACGUACCUAUACACACACACAAUCAUGGAACUAUACACACAGUCACAUACAUUCACACACAUACAAUCACAUACCUAUACGCACAAUCACAUACAUGCGCACACACAAUCCGACCCACACACACACAUACAAUCCGAUACCUAGACACACAAUAACAUACAUUUACACAUAUAAUCACAGAUAUAUACACACAAUCACAAAUGCAUACACUCAGUCACAGACCUAUACACACAAUCACAUACCUACAAACACAUAAUCAGACACACACACAAUUGGAGAUGUACACUGACUUACACAAUCACAUACACACACAAUCACUGACAAAUCAUACACAAAAUUACAUUCAUCACUAUGCCAUGUAGUGUGUGUGUGUAUAUAUAUAAUUACAAGCUUACUCUCUAGCAAGCACAUACACACAAAGUCGCUGAUAAAUUAGCUGAAGCUUACAUGGUGCUGAAGACUGGGAGCCAUUUUUUGACCACUUCCUGCUCGUGUAGGGUGGGGCUUGUAUCAGGGGCAGGACGUAGCGGGAGGCGGGGCUUGAGUGCAGGGGUGGAGCAUGGACACGGAAUUGCAGAGAAUGGUGAAGGAAGACUCACAGUGCUCCCUCCGGCCGCCAGCCCCCACCCCCCAGCACAACAUUCAUUAAUCCCCUCAGACUGACACAGGCUGUCAGCCUGGGUGGGCCAGUCCAGUCCGUCUCUACCCAGACUGCAACCAGGACGCACUGUUAGCGGUCCUGGGCCGCAUGCGGCCCGCAGGGUGGACAUCCCUGCAUUAUACUAAUGCAUCUCUGGGGUGUGUUCAGCACCUUCUUUGGCAUCAGAAAGCUGAAUGUCAGCCAUGCAAAGAUUGCAGGAUUGUAAAGAGUAUGCACUUCUAGUGCCUAUCUGAGUGACCGUAGCUAGAGGUGUUCUUACAGCUCAAUGUAUACACUGACCUUUAACAGAAAAGGCAUUGUUUGCAAACAUGAGACUGCAGGACUAAGCUCUUUACAGCAAACCUACCAGUGUUCUGUACAAUGGCAUGAGCACUUCCCUCUUUCUACUGCUAAUACCUCUCCAUAUACAACCAAGCAUUCUGCUAGCAUUUCCUGCUGCUCUAUUACAUUGUUUGCCUAGAUUUAAGUCAUCAGAAAUAAUCACCCCUAAAUCCCUUUCCUCAUAUGUUGAGGUUAGGACUCUAUCAAAUAUUCUGUACUCUAGCCUUGGGUUUUUACAUCCAAGAUGCAUUAUCUUGCACUUAUCCGCAUUUAAUGUCAUUUGCCACAAUUCUGACCAUUUUUCUAGUUUACCUAAAUCAUUUGCCAUUUGGCUUAUCCCUCCUGAAACAUCAACCUUGUUACAUAUCUUAGUAUCAUCAGCAAAAAGACAUGACUCACCAUCAAGACCUUCUGCAAUAUCACUAAUAAAAAUAUUAAAGAGAAUGGGUCCAAGUACAGAUCCCUGAGGUACCCCACUGGUGACAAGUCCAAGCUUCGAAUAUAUUCCAUUAACUACAACCCUCUGUUGCCUGCCACUCAGCCACUGCCUUAACCAUUCAACAAUAUUGGAAUCCAAACUUAAAGAUUGCAGUUUAUUGAUAAGCCUUCUAUGUGCAACAGUGUCAAAAGCCUUACUGAAAUCUAGGUAAGCAAUGUCUACUGCACCACCCUGAUCUAUAAUUUUAGUUACCCAAUAAAAAAAAUCAAUAAGAUUAGUUUGGCAUGAUCUCCCUGAAGUAAACCCAUGUUGUCUCUGAUCUUGAAAUCCAUGUGUUUUUAGAUGUUCAUCAAUCCUAUCCUUUAACAUGGUUUCCAUCACUUUCCCCACUACUGAAGUAAGGCUUACUGGCCUAUAGUUGCCCGACUCCUCCCUAUUACCUUUCUUGUAAAUGGGCACAACAUUCGCUAACUUCCAAUCUUCUGGGACUACUCCUGUUAACAAUGAUUGGUUAAAUAAAUCUGUUAAUGGUUUUGCUCGUACACCACUAAGCUGUUUUAAUAGCUUUGGGUGUAUUCCAUCAGGUCCCAUUGACUUAUUUGUCUUUACUUUUGACAGUUGAAAUAGAACCUCUUCCUCUGUAAACUCACGUGUAAUAAAUUACUCAUUUAUCCUUUUCUCAACUGAGGUCCCUUUCCUUCAUUUUCAUCUGUAAAUACAGAACAAAAAUAUUCAUUGAGGCAGUCAGCUAGACCUUUAUCCUCUUCUAUAUACCUUCCUUCUUUUGUUUUUAAUCUAACUAAUCCUUGUUUUUCUUUUCUCAUUUAUGUUCUAAAAAAUGUUGUAUCCCCCUUUUUUACUGACUGUGCUAUUUUCUCUUGUGUGUGUGAUUUGGAAGCUCUUAUAACUUGCUUAGCCUCUUUCUGCCUAAUCUUUUAGAUCAUUUUGUCUUCAUCACUCUGGGUUUUUUUUAUAAUUCCUAAAUGCUAACUUUUUGUUUUUAACUAUUUUGGCCACAUCUGUGGAGUACCACAGUGGUUUCUUGAAUUUUUUUGCUUUUACUGACAAGCCUAAUACAAUUUUCUGUUGCCUUCAAUAGUGCAACUUUUAAAUAACCCCAUUUCUCUUGGACUCCAUUUAAAUUGCUCCAGUCUGAUAAUGACUCCUCUACCCAUAUUCUAAUUUUAGAAAAGUCUGUUUUUCUAAAGUCUAAAACUUUUUUGUUUUUGUGUGGUGUGACUCAGUCACUGUUCUUAUAUUAAACCACACUGAUUGAUGAUCACUGGAUCAUAAACUUUCACCUACAGUAAUAUCUGAUACCAAAUCUCCAUUUGUUAACAUUAAAUCUAGUAUGGCCUCUUUACGAGUUGGCUCCUCAACAACUUGUUUUAGAGACAAUCCCAGUAGGGAGUUUAGAAUAUGUGUGCUCCUGGCACAAGUAGCUAAUUUUGUUUUCCAAUUUACAUCAAGAAGAUUAAAGUCACCCAUGAUGAUAACUUCCCCCUUCAUUGUCAUUUUAGCUAUUUCCUCAACUAGUAGAUUAUCUAACUCUUCAAUUUGUCCUGGGGGCCUAUAAAUCACACCUACACGAGUUACUGUGUGAUUACCAAAUUCUAACGUAGCCCAAACGGACUCUAUGUUUGCCUCACUAACUUUUAUUAGGCUAGAUUUUAUGCUAUCCUUCACAUACAAGGCCACCCCUCCCCCUUUCUUGCCUUCCCUAUCUUUCCUAUACAAAGAGUACCCUGGUAUUGCUAUGUCCCAGUCAUUUUUCUCAUUAUACCAUGUCUCAGUAACAGCGACUAAAUCUACACUAUCAGUUGCCAUUAUUGCCACAAGUUCAUGGAUCUUAUUCCCUAAACUGCGAGCAUUUGUAGACAUGACUCUAAGCUUAUCAUUUUUUAACACACUUGCUACAGGCACCUUCUGUCCUUGUUUUGGGGACAAUUGGAUUGAUGUUUUAUCACCCUUUUGCCCCCCCCUCCUAGUUUAAAUACAUCCUAGCAAAACCUCUGAACUGCUCACUGAGAACAUUUGUUCCCUUUUGAGAAAGAUGCAAACCAUCUUUUUGUACAGCUUAUCUCCAUUCCAAACAGAGCUACCAUGAGAAAUAAAGCCAAAUCCUUGCUCCCGACACCAUUCACCAAGUCAACCAUGUUUCAGGUUCAGCAAUUUUAUCCGAAACUUUUAAAUUUAAUUGGAAAUUCAAUUGGAAAUUCACAAGUCCAGACAAUUAACACUUUAGUGACUACUCCAGACUAAAGUUUGACUUGUGAGUUCAAAGUGGUUUUCAAAUUUUUGGUCAAAACAGCCAAAUUGAAAAAAUAGUCCAAGUGUGAUUUUCUUAGAUAGGUUUUUUGUUUUCUGGCCUUUAGUGAAAACAGGUGGUUAAGUUUUUAUACUUAACACAGCCGUAGCUAAGAAUAUGCUGUAAGAGAACUUCUUAGUAAAUACAGUGGUAAGUCGCUUAACAUAAUUUUCGGUUUACAAAGGAAAAUCCAUUGAAAAGAAUGCCUCGGUUUACGAUUUUUUUUUUUCCGCAAUACAAAGCAAGAUUCCCCUAGAUGCGUUGUGCCUGGGAUGUUUAUAGCGCUGCCCCCGUACAUGCUGGUGGUGGUUUUGUGUGUGUGUGUGUGUGUGUGUGUGUAUGUAUGUAUGUGUGUGUGUAUAUAUAUAUAUAUAUAUAUAUAUAUAUAUAUAUAUAUAUAUAUAUAUAUAUAUAUAUAUAUAUAUAUAUAUAUGUAUAUGUGUGUGUAUAUAUAUUUAUGUAUACAUUUCACUUCACCAACUAAGACUAUUGUGUUCUGAUCCAUCACAUACAAUUCAGAUUAAUAAAACAUUGAACUUAAGGCUGUAAUGUAAAAAGUCAAGGGGGUGAAUACUUUUGCAAGGCAUGUAUGAUCAUACAUUGCAUAAGCCUGCCACAAUGUCAAUGUACCUUAUUUUAGGCAGGUCCUACUCUAACAGCCUAAUGCAGAAUGGGGUACAUUGACAUUGUGGCAGGCUUAUGCAAUAUAUGAUCAUAUAAUGUAACUAAACCCCCAUUAUUUUUUGCCUAGGUGAGGUGUUUUUAAAUAAAACUAUUACUAUCUCUAAGAUUUUAAAUAAUUGUUUAGUGAAUGAGCGAGUGCGCCGGAUUCUGUAUUUUGUAUAUUUUGGCCCCAGCAGCAUCCUGUAAUUUACGCAUGUUCAGGUGAGUGCAGCCCUCUUGGUUUCUUUUAUAUAUAUAUAUAUUUGUGUGUGUGUGUGUGUAAAACAUUAUUAAAGGGACACUCAACAUCAAAACCACUUCAUAUGGUUUUGGUUCAUAGCGGUGUUUAAGUGGCUUUGGUGCGUAAGCCCUUUUGUCUAACAUUGCCAUUCAAUCUAGCACGAGUGUUUUAAAAACCGACAGUGUUUACAUCUUUCAUAAAUUAUACCUCUGUUGUGUGUCUGAGGCACUUGCUAAGUGAAGACCUUUGUGAAAGAUAUGCUUUAACUCUAUAUGUAUAUUUGUUAAAGAGUGUCGAGGAAUAGAUGUAGUGUUACAUCUGACAGGUAGUUCAAGCAGUCUUGGGUUCUUGGUAGCUGGUGUAAUAAUGUACAGGAAAUGUUAGAGUCUUGGGAUUUUCUGGGCAAUUGCAAAGAGUCUUUUUAUAUAUAUGUUUCUGUACGUGUGUUAGAAAAUUAUUCCAAUUUAGCUAUAUCUCUCAAUAUGUCUUUGAUACACUGCUUUAGAGUUGCAUAUAAUUAUUCAUUUUCUGUUUCUUAGUAAGUCAUGGUGGUAAUUUAAAUAGGUUUACAAGUGUGUAUUUUUCUUCUCUUAUAAUAGAUGAAUCUGCAGACCGGACAAGUCCUGAAGGAUUUUACAGCACUAUAGAUUUUUAUCAAACUGACAAAGGGAUUCAGAGAUCAAAAUGCAGAAGAAAAAAUACACCCAGAAAGCUGCAGAGCCAAUCUGUGACAGAUUUAAACGUGGUUUGUGUAUCAUCAGGUGACGAAUCUUUCUCAGAUAUUUUUAUACCAUCAGAAUACAUUUCUCAUGUUAAAGAGGAAUCCGCCUCAUGUGAAGAUGCAAAUCUCACAGACACAGAUAAUUAUACACUUGAAAGUUACACAUCUACUUUUAUUAAAGAAGAGCCAGGAUCGCUUGAAGAAAGGAAUAUCAAAGACCUGUAUGCACCUAAAGAGUUCACAAAGACAGAUUUUGUGUUAACUGAACAAUUUUCUUCAAAAACAGAUCUUCCUAAGCAACAGAAAUUUCCAGCAACUGAUAAGCUGUUUGAGUGUUCAUAUUGUGGGAAAUGUUUUACAGGUAAUUCAGAUCUUACUAGACAUAAAAGGGUCCACACAGGAGAAAAGCCAUUUCCAUGCACUGACUGUGGGAAAUGUUUUUCCCAUAAGUCCAAUCUGGUCACACAUCAGAAGCUUCACACUGGGGAGAAAGCAUAUUUAUGCUCUGAAUGUGGAAAAAGUUUUACUAAUAGUUCCAAUCUUGUCACACAUCAAAGGGUUCACAGAGGAGACAAACCAUUUUCGUGUUCUGACUGCGGAAAACGCUUCACCCAUAAAUCAGAUCUUGUUAAACACCGGAGGGUUCACACAGGUGAGAAACCAUUCUCAUGCCGUGAAUGUGGCAAAUGCUUUACAAACACAUCCAACCUUGUCACACAUCAGAGGAUUCACUCUGGUGAGAAACCGUUCUCAUGUUCUGAGUGUGGUAAAUGUUUUAUAAGCAAUGCAAGCCUUAUCAAACACGAGAGGAUUCACACAGGAAAGAAACCAUAUGGCUGUACUGUAUGUGGUAAAUGUUUUACUGAUAAGUCAAAUCUUUCCAGACAUCGAUUGACUCAUAUAGAUAAGAAAACACUCACUUUUCACUAAUAUGAAGUAGGUUGUGUUGAUAGACAUGUAAUAGAAAGAUAUUUAUAUUUCCCUUUGUAAAGUUUCUGUACUUAACACACAUUGUUGCAAUCAGAGUGGCUGGUGUCAGUGAGCAGAUUUUUUUAUUUUUUUUAAUUAGAUUUUGUUCUGCGUUUCCACCAUCUCUGCAAAGAACCUUUAUGAAACUGAAAAUUCAUUCUCAACUGUGGUGGUAAAAACAGACAAAUUGAAAAUCUGCUUUUAUGCUUACAUGGUUCUUUAGGGAGGAAUUUAGUUUGCUUCCUUAUUAUUGAAAAAUCAUCAUAUAUAAAAAAUACAGGGUACCCCAAAUGACCAUAGACUGCUUGAAACCUUGAGCUAGCAUGUUGUCAAGGCACCCUUAUUCAACCAGCGCAAAUGUAUGUUCCGUUCAUCAUAGUAGAUAUGUUCUAAAACUAGUGUCCAGUGCAACAGGAAGAAACAAACCAUGAUUUGAUUUCUUUUGGGUAUGGAUAGUUCACAGCAUGAAAUAGGUUAUUCCCCUGCUACUGGAAACCUGUGAUUGUCAUAAAGAAUUGUUUUGUACAAUUUACUAUUUUGUAGUCUCUCACAGUCCAGUGUUUUUAUGAAAUAUGUUGGAUGGUGUAUUUUUUUUUUUUAAACCUAUUUAUGUAGUGUCAAUGCCCGAAUGAGUGUAUCAUGUAUCUAUUAAGGCAGUGGUUCCUAACACCUGGCUUCUUGUGCCAUUUUAGUGGGUUAUCACAUUUUGGAACAGGCACAUUAUAUCAUCAGGCUCCAGGUGAUUGCCCACAGUGAAUUAUUUAUUGUAUAGACCCUGUCUUUCGCAGUGCAUUGGAGACCAAUUGGUUAACAGGCAGACUAAUGAAGGUUUUAAGAAUGUGGUUUCCUUUUUUUUUUUUUUUUUUAUAAAUAUAAUUGUAUUAAAGUUUUAAAGAUUGGGUCACAGAGCUCAUAUAAAAAUUGAAGAAUGGGUUUACAAAGCUAAUGUCUUGUACAUACUGUAGUUCUUUGUCAGAAAUGACAACCAUUGCAUCAGGGCAUAAUCCUUAGUGCUGCCGCACUGUCUUUGUAACAAUCAUUAAGUGUUCUUGCAUAGCAAAACCACUUAAUAUUAUCUCACAUAUAUAUUAUUCUUAUUAUAGCCAAAUUUACCACCCUAACUUUUUAGUAUUGAUGUUAUCAUUAAUAUUUUGUCCCAUUACAGUAUAGCUACCAUGCAAACAGCGGUUUAAUGAAUUUUCCUUCACAAAUUAGAAAGUUGUUGCUUAAAGUAGAGCUUGUUGCUUAAUGUUUUCUCAAAACAGUCUGCAUGGAAGCUGACUGGACCACUGUUUAAGAAAAAUGAGCUUUCAACAAUCAAACCAUAGAUUAGUUUACAUAACAUAAACUAAAGAAAGUAUUGUGAGUCCCUGAGAAGCCUAUAAGAGAUGCACAAUCAGAAAACAAAACUCUUUCUACCACCUCCUGGUCUAAUUAGAUGAUGGUAAUUACUUUGGUCACAGAGAACCCCAAGCCACCAUACUCCAACCAUACUACAACUUUGUGUUUUUGGACCUGAAGCGGCCAUUGAGCAAGCAAUCUAUAUGUGGGGUGUGUCUGCUUGAAAUGCUGCCUGUACAGAGAAAGUAUAUAAUAGGAUAUUACAAGCAAAAAAUAAGGAACAACCCUUUAAGUGCUAUUUUUAUUCUUUUAAUUUUUUUUUGUGGUCUAAAUAAAUAUCAGUACACCAUGAAUAAUUUAUUGGCUUCAGCCCCCACCAUUUGUAAAAAGUUUAUUUUUAUUUAUUUGUAAAAAAAAAAAAAAAUAUUUUGAUGAUUAUGAUUUUAAAAAGCAGCGAUCUCUCCCUAAUACCUCUCCUAGUCACUGCUUGAUGUUACCUUUAUGAGAUACGUUGUUAAUCCCCAAAGUGCCGUUCCAACCAUCCUAUGUGAUCUUACUGCUCUUUAAACGGUUAGCAGCAAUACUGUGCAUAGCUUGAUUCACUGUUCAAUGAACCAGACUGUUUUAAUGUCUUAUGAGCCACGGAGCUCAGGUGGUCUUUCUUUUCUAGUAUGGUUGCAUACACAAUUUACACUGGUGCCCCGGAAAUAAUAGGGUUACUUACUAAAGUGAAUUUAAUAGUAAGGCCAAAGUAGCUGAACUGGAAGAAUGAAUUUUCUGAAUAAUCCUGCCCGUGUUCCGAGCUGCCUGAUUUACAUCUCUGCUGCUAUAGACUUUUCUCAGAAAUGCGAGCAGGCUGAAUAUAUUUACUUAUGCCCUAUAUUUAAAAUAUGUGUAUAAAUCCACACCACUGUAUUUAACUUUAUCCUGGAACUGAGAACCUCCAUCUUGCUUGGUUCUUUUUCUAUCAUUAAAGGAACACUAAAGUGUUGGGAAUAGAAAUGUGUAUUCAUAAGCCUAUAGCACCCCAUUAGCAGCUUAGGUGUAAACAUUGCAGGGUUACACAGACCGGGACAUGGAACCAAUACCACUUCAUUGAGAUGGAGUGCCUUCUGUGCCUAAAGUGUCUCUUUAAACACAGUAAGUGAAAGAAAACCAGAAAAUGUGGUAGAGAUUUAUCACAUUGUUGUGUUCUACAAAUGUUGCAAAAACUUAGUGGGGCAUAGAUGAUGCCCUUGUAUCAUUGCAAAUUAAAACCGUUAUGUUUCUGGGAAAUGGCAUGGUUUACAUUUUGCAGUUUUUAAGCAUUCAGCUACUAUGGGCUCUGGAUUGGAAAAGAUUCACAUUAGGGGUCAGCAUGUAAAGCAUCAAGUGCUUCGGGAAUUGAUGCUUCACAAAUAUACCCUGUUCCAAAUUAUUAUGCAAAUUCUAUUUAAGUGUCACAAAGAUGAAAUAUUUUGUUUUUCAGUUUAACUCAUGGAUGGCAUUGUGUCUCAGGGCUCUUUUGAUCACUGAAAACAAUCUUGGACACCUGUGAUAAUUAGAUUGCCAGGUCCAAGGAAAAACUACUAAAGGAGGGUGUUCCACAUUAUUAAGCAGAGCAUUAUUUUCAUGCAAUAUGGAGAAGAAAAAGGAUCUACCUGCGGCCGAAAAGAGUGAAAUAGUUCAACGAGGUAUGAAAACAUUAGAUAUUUCACGAAAACUUAAGCGUGAUCAUCGCUCUAUUUUGUGGCUGAUUAAGAGCACAGAUGGGUUUGUGCAGAUAAAGGCACAUUGAGGAAGAUUUCUGCCAGAUCCAUGCAUCGGAUCAAGAGAGCAGCUGCUAAAAUACCAUUACAUAGCAGCAAACAGAUAUUUGAAGCUGUUGGUGCACCUGGAGUCCCACGGACAUCAAGGUGUAGAGUCCCCCAGAGUCUUGCAACUGUGCAUAAACCUUCUAUUCGGCCACCACUAACCAAUGCUCACAAGCAGAAACGGCUGCAUUGGGCAGAAAAAUACAUGAAGACUAAUUUUCAAACAGUCCUUUUCACUGAUGAGUGCCAUGCAACCUUUGAUGGGCCAGAUGGAUGGAGUAGUGGAUGGUUGGUGGACAGCCACCCUGUUCCAACAAGGCUGCGACGUCAGCAAGGCGGUGGUGGAGUCAUGUUUUGGGCCGGAAUCAUGGGAAGAGAGCUGGUCGGCCUCUUUAGGGUCCCGAAGGUGUUAAGAUGACCUCUGCAAAGUACGUGGAGUUUGACUGACCACUUUCUUCCCUGGUACAGAAGGAAGAACUAUACUUUCCAUAAUAAAAUCAUCUUCAUGCAUGACAGUGCACCAUUUCAUGCUGCAAAGAAUACCUCUGCAUCAAUGACUGCUGUGGGGAUAAAAGGAGAGAAAGUCAUGGUGUGGCCUCCAUCCUCCCCUGACCUCAAUCCUAUUGAGAACCUUUGGAGCAUCCUCAAGCAAAAGAUCUAUGAGGGUGGGAGGCAGUUUACAUCCAAACAGCAGCUCUGGGAGGCUAUUCUGAUAUCUUGCAAACAAAUCCAAGCAGAAACUGUCCAAAAACUCACAAGUUCAAUGGAUGCAAGACUUGUGAAGCUGCUAUCAAAUAAGGGGUCCUAUGUUAAAAUGUAUCCUAACUAUAAGAUAAGGCCAGGGACUAAUGAAAGUAUUCAGAAAAUUGGGCAGACUAGAUGGGACGAAUGGUUCUUAUCUGCCGUCACAUUCUAUGUUUCUAUGUAACGUGACCUGUUAAAAUGUUUAAAAAGUUAAAAUGUUGUUAUAAGUUUGAUUGAAAUAGCUUUUGAUUUCAGUAAAUAUGCUGCAAACACAACAAAUGACAAUUUUCAGUCCUUUACAACCUAUAAAGUGUUUUGAAACUUACUGUGCUUAAUAAUUUGGAACAGUGCAUUGUAAGUUUUUUUUAUGUUUAAACAAAAUACUGUUAUCAUUAGGAGGUUUGUUCAAUAAAAUUUGAAUUGCACUCUUAAUAGUUGAUAACAUGAGAAUUAUGCUGACUGUUAUUUACAUCAAUUAUUUUGGUAAAUUAGAAAAAUAUCAUUUGCAUAAUAUUUUGGAACAGGGUGUAGCAGUAUUAAACUGGUGGACAUUGCUGCACUUGCGUCAUGAUUCCUUAACACUUCUCCGUGAGACUCCUCUAAUUGGACAAAAGCGAUCUGUCUUAAUAGGGGGUCAGGGUGCUGUGAAGAAACAGUUUUAAGUGAUGGAAUAAAAAGUUAAGUUUAAUGGCAACUUUAAUGAUGUACAAAAGAAAAGUGGUUGUCCUAAUUUAAAAAAAAAAAAAGACAUCUGAUAAAAUAGUUUUACUUUAUUAUAUUUAGGUGCGCUUAUAAUUAACAUUUAAGAUAAAAACACAUAAAGAAAAGGUUGUAUUCCUAAUGCUGUAGUGUUCUGCUCAACAUUUAGAUUCAGGACACCCACAAUCUAACUUAAAAAAAACUUUUAAAAGAGGUAUUACCUUGUUUUUCAGCACCGAGAUCCACUCCCUACAGCUACCCGUUCCGCUACCCAUUCUAGUGCUGCACUUCUUCAAUCAAAUGCUGUCUAAGAGAAGUAUUUGAGGAGGUUAGCUGUGAGCGCAGAGUGUGACUCUGUUCUCAUAGUGGAAGCACGAUCUUGUAGCUUUUAGGAAAACAGCCAGUAUAGGUGUGCUUAGCCCUUUAAUUAAAUCAUUGCCAUAUUUACUAAAUGACAAUGUUUUACAUUGCAGAGCUAAAAUGAUAAAGGGCAUAGCACACAGGCUAUUUCAUUAUUAUGAAGUGGCCUGGUGCCUAUAGAUUUACAAAAGGGUUAUUCCAUGUUUGAUGACCACUUUAAUUAUUUGAAGGGGUCACGGUGCCUGAUGUGCAGCAAUUCGCUAUGAAACUCUGCACAUACAGAGUUUAAUUGCUCUGCUGCAGGUGUAACUCCAGAUUCUGCAGCAUCUUUGGGGCAUCUAGGCCUGAGCUAUCGAAUUUUAAUUCAGUGCAUAUUGAACAUGUGUCCAAUUGCAGCACAGCUCCCCCUCAGCCCUUUCUCUUCUUACAUACCUCCACCAGGCUUUGGGGCGGAGGGACAUCAGCAAAGGAUGAUCGCGCUGCAGAGAUAACUUGGCAUCGGCACAGGAAGUGCAUGUUUUAUUUCUAUAACUUUGCUCAGGACUAAAAGGCUUUUUCUAACCAAAUCCUGUUUUCUUAAAACUAGGGAGUAAUGAGUGAAAUAGAUCAGCUACAAAAAGAAAAAACACCUAGACAAUUACUGAUAUGAAACAAAACCUACUAAAUGUAAUCCCAUAGUUGUGUAGAAUUUACCAGUCCACACGUUUCAGGUGCUAAGAAAUAAUAAUAAUUAAUUUUGCCACUGCGAGGUUUUCUCCCAAUAGCAGCAUUAAAUCUCAAGGCUAGUGGGAUGUGGCGUAAGGCUGUAUAUGUUUGGCACAAUUAAAGGAUCACUAUAGUCACCAGAACAACUACAGCUUAUUGAAUUUGUUCUGGUGAGUAGAAUCAUUACCUUCAGGUUUUUUGCUGUAAACACUGUCUUUUUAGUGUAAUGUAAUGCAGUGUAAUGUAGUGUAAGUGUAAUGCAGUGUUUAUAUUACAGCUUAGUGAUAACUUUACUGGCCACUCCUCAGAUGUCUGUUAGAGAUCCUUCCUGGGUCAUGGCUGCCUAAAAUGCAUCCAAACAUUUAGUAUCUCCUCCCUCUGCAUGCACACACUGAACUUUCCUCAUAGAGAUUCAUUGAUUCAAUUCAUCUCUAUGAGGAGAUGCUGAUUGGCCAGGGCUGUGUUUGAAUCAUGCUGGCUCUGCCUCUUUGUCAGUCUCAGCCAAUCCUAUGGGGAUGCAUUGUGAUUGGAUCAGGCUACCACUUCUGAUAUUGUCAGCACCCUGUUAGUUUUUCUGAGUCUAACAGCAUGCAGAGUUACAUCUUCAAGCUUGCAUACUGUAAGAUACUUACUAUAUUUAUGGAGGUAUGAGGGGCCCAGGGGUGCUGGAUGGAGGUUUUAACACUAAAGGGUCAGGAAUACAUGUUUGUGUUCCUGACCCUAUAGUGAUCCUUUAAACUAACUAUAUGGAUGCAAAGAAUACUUCAUGUUCACACAUGCAUUUUUUUGAAGCCUGUUUUAUACUGCAUAUGUUAUUUACAAAGCUAUAAGUUAAAUCUUUGUCCACUUUUAUUUCUUGGAUUUUGCUCCAAAAUCUCAUUUGCAUGGAGCUUUAAUACACCCAUUUCCACUUUUUCCAAACUGAAUUCUUGACAAAUCACAUGAAAUAUUACAAUUAUGUAAGCUUAUUUCUGAACAUUUACAAUUUCCAUAAAUUAUUUUAAAACAUCUCUUAGAGAAUAAAGUGUUUUUACUGUUUCUUUUGCUAAUUAUUGGAUUUAUUGAAGAGAAACUCCAAACACUAUAGCCAUUUUAGUUCCUGCAGCCUUGUGCUUGGCUACUUUUGUCAAGAUGACAAGCAAAGGACAUUAAAGCGGAGCUGAUAGCUUUGCUUUAAUGACUUGUGCAUCCAAAGAGGUGUGAGAUACAAUUCCUGGCCUUGAGCACGCAUGUUGACAUGGAUGGACUUUCAGGCAUCGCUCUCAGGAGUAAGAGCUUGCAAGUCUAAAAACAGUCAAGUCUUUCUGAUAACUACUCUUAAAUGAUAAAUGUCUACGUCUGAGUAGUCCCCUUUCCACACUUUGUCUAAGGGGUCUUAUAUCAUUUCAUAUUUAACAAAAACAACAGAAACUAUGUCAUUGGCAGAUAGUAAAGAGAUUGUCCUGUAUCCUUCCUUUGCUAAAUCAGCCCUUUAAUAAUUACCUUUUAUUUAUUCACUUCAUGCCAUUUGCUGUUGAAAAAGCACUUGUAGCACUGUAAAACAUGCCCUGUGUAGCCUUCUUUUUGACAUUAUAGUUUAGUGAAAGUAUAACAAAAUUAAAAAAACUACACAAUGCUGUUAAAACAUGAAACACAUGGAAUAAAACUUGCAUUCUAUUCAUCAUAUGCAUUAGUCAUAAAAGAAAGAAUAACCUGUAGUUACUGUUUAAAUGGAGGCUUUUAAGAUGCUCGGAUGAGGAUGAUAGUAUUCCACAGAGGCUGCUAUUAGUGCCAGCAAAAGGCUUGAAAAAAGGGUUAUAUAGGCGUAGUCUUAUGAGCCUUAGUUCUCCCAGUUAAGAAAGGAGUCUAGUCUCCUGUAUUUGCGGUAACUUUUGUUCUCCCCAUUUUGUCUACCUAUGUAUGUGGGUAUUCACUUUUACUUUUAAUGUUCCAAUAAACUUACUUAAAUUUCCCUAAGGCUAUCAGUGUCUGAUUAAUGUGAGCAGUGGCCAUGAAGAAGUUCAGUUUUUCUUCUUCUGUGUUGAAGCUACACUCAGUUCAGAAUGAUAGUCGGGAAGAAGAAGCUAUGAAUAACUGGAGUUUGUUUGUAACUCUCCUUGUUAUUGUUA